AGCCGGACUGUUGGUCCCACACAUUUGCAGCGGUGGUCCUCAGCCAUUGUGUGGACUCUGCGAAGUCAAACCUGCGGGCAGGCGAACCGGGCCAUGAGGCGUUCUACCCGGAACAAGCCGGGACGGGACUCUUAAAAGUUUGCUGUGAAUUCUGGGCCGCGCACUUGUGGACGAGACUCGGACUGAGCUCUCGCUUGCUCGUCGCGUUACAGUUCAUAAUACUCGGACCUCGGAAAACAUGGCAUCGCACAAGAUGAUAGCGAGGAAGGUGGCGUCCCGAACUGUUUGGGCAAGCAGCGUCCUCCUCGUCAUGACAUCUUUGUUUUGUGUGAUCCGCUGCAGCAGCAGCACGGUGGAAGAGAUGCCACCGCAGGAGGAAGGGUUCAAUGCGGAGGCAUGGCUGCGUCAGUUCGGCUACCUUUCCCAGGCCAGCAGACAAAUGUCCACCAUGCAGUCGGCUCAGAUUCUGUCCAAAGCCAUCAGUGACAUGCAGCGAUUCUACGGCCUGAGGGUGACAGGAGAGAUGGACCCGUCCACUGUUGCGGCCAUGCGUCGACCUCGCUGUGGCCUCCCUGAUAGAAGAGCUGACGCUGAAGAAGGCGCCAGGAAGAGACGUUACACUCUAACAGGACAGCAGUGGGACAAGGACCACAUCACCUACAGUCUCCUGACCCAGCGCACCCCUCCCUCGCUGGGAGAGGAGCGUACGGCUGAUGCUCUCCAUCGAGCGUUUGAUGUGUGGAGACGGGUCACGCCGCUCACCUUCCAACAGCUGCCCGCCGAGCACAGCAACAACAGCAAGGCGGCUGAUAUCCUGCUGCUGUUUGCCUCUGGUUUCCAUGGCGACAUGUCCCUGUUUGAUGGCGAGGGGGGGUCACUUGCACACGCCUUCUAUCCUGGGCCUGGAAUCGGGGGCGAUACACAUUUCGAUGCGGAUGAGCCCUGGACACUGGACAAUGAAAACCCACAAGGUAUUGAUCUUUUCCUGGUUGCUGUUCAUGAGCUCGGUCACGCUCUGGGCCUGGAGCACUCGGACAACCCCAGCGCCAUCAUGGCUCCAUUCUACCAGUGGAUUCCCACUCACAACUUCACUCUGCAUGAGGACGACAUCAGAGGAAUACAGUAUCUAUAUGGUCCCCCUCUCAUCACUGAGGCUCCUCCCACUUCUCCUUCCUCCGGUGAUGAGGCUCCAUUGUCUCCCACUUCACCUUCCCCUGAAGAAGAAGUCACCACGUCCUCCCCCACCGUUUCCCAGCCUGAACCUCCAAAUCACCCGCCAGAUUUCCCAGAGUCGCGACCUAUUCCAACCGCACCUCCUGCGUCGCCCACCAACCCUCCCCCCGACCCUGAAACUGUCACCCCACCCAUCAGAGAGGAUGUCCCACCUCCUCCGCCUCGGCCACCAGCGCCACCUAGGCCGCCUAAACAGCCCGACAACAUCCCCCCAAAUAUCUGUGACGGAGACUUUGACACUGUGACCCUACUGCGAGGGGAAAUGUUUGUUUUCAAGGGUCGCUGGUUUUGGCGAGUGCGGAGAAACCGUGUCCUGGACAACUAUCCAAUGCCGAUCAGUGUCUUCUGGCACGGGCUGCCCAGCGACAUCGACGCCGCCUACGAGCGCCACGACGGCAAGUUUGUCUUCUUUAAAGACGACAGGUACUGGGUGUUCAGAGAGGCAGACGUGUUACCAGGAUACCCACAGCCCCUACAUGAAUACGGACACGGAAUCCCAGCCAACAGCAUUGACACAGCAAUCUGGUGGGAGCCCAACGGACACACGUAUUUCUUCUCUGGAGACAGAUACUGGAGGUUCAAUGAGCAGACCAGAAGAACCGACUCUGAGUCACCCAAACCGAUCAGCAGAUGGGGCAAGAUCCCUCCAUCGCCGAAAGGAGCCUUCCUGAGUGACGACGGAGCCUUCACUUACUUCUACAAAGGAGCAAAUUACUGGAGGUUUGACAACCGAAAAACCGCUGCAGAUACAGGCUACCCUCGCUCCAUCCUGAAGGAUUUCAUGGGCUGCACGGGCGUCCCAGACCCGCCACCUGAUGUGGACGUCGAGGUGAAAGAGAAACCAGUCCAGCCGACGGACCGAGGCAAGGACGGGUCCAGUCCUGACAAAGCGGGAGAUGGGAAGUCCAACCAUAAUGAAGAGGAUGAAGACGAGAAGGAUGUGAAUGUGGUUGUGACGGUGGCCAACAGUGAAUCCAAAAUCAUGACCCUGGUCAUGGUGACUGUCCCUCUGGUGCUGAUCCUGGGCAUCCUGGUCCUCAUCUACGCCAUCCUCAGGACUCUGCAGAACAAGGAGACGCCCAGAGCUCUGGUGCACUGCAAGCGCUCCCUGCAAGACUGGGUGUGAGUCAUUAACAGGACAGAAAUACAUUACCAGGAGAAUUUGAAGCUCAGCAAGCUGACAAGGAGUCACGAGUCCCGAGCUGAAAACCUUUAUUGGCAGAUGUGAAAUAAUGCAGUGGUCAGAGCUGUUGGAGCCAAGCGGCUUUUCCCACUCGCCCCUGUGCCUUCGAGUCUGCUUCAUCGUUGCAGGAUUUCUAACUAUGAGGAACAUCUUUCAUACAUUGGUGAUAGUUUGCUCAUUUACUGUGCUGCCCUGUGUUUGUGAGAGUUCAUUCAGAAAUGUCUCUGUAAGCAGGAAUCUCUGCUUGUCAAGAUGCAGACUGUCUGACCGGUGCAGGAAUGUCCACUCAUCUCCCACUGAGCCCAUUAUGUCUCACACGUGCGCAGGCGUCACAUGAUAGCAAGCAUUCAGACACAGACGUGGAGGGAAACCACAGACCCAAAUAAUGGCACAUCAAGACACACUGUCUGCGACUGCUUGGCCUGUGGACGCACGGAGAGACGACCACUGAGAAGCAGCAAGUCUGCUGCAAAGUUCAAAUCCAAAUUUGUUAAUCUGAAAUCCGUCUCCUGGUAUCAUCAGCACAUUGUAGCAGCUGGAUGGUCUCUCUCACAGCCUGAUGCUGGAGUUGGUUAGACAGAAGCUGGCCCUCAUCAGGAGCUCCAGCAUGACUAGUAUUUCUAUUUUUCACAUGAGAGUUUUGCAAGUGUCUUUUUUACUAUCCUGAAGUCUGAAGGUUUCAUACCUGUCGCUAUGCAACCAGUGUGCUCCGUACUGUUAUCUUUAACCUUGCUAUGUGACCAUACUUUAUUAAUAAGAAUGGGAAGUGUGGUUGCUUCAUGUUGCUUCUGAAGUGAAGGUCUGGGUUCUUUCACAGGUUCACUUUUUGUGCCGUUGUUGUGUUGUGGAAGUUAAACAGCAUCAACAGCUUGAGUGACCCGAGUGCGCAUUCAAAGAGGCGAGCUCAAAUUCCUGAUACUCAUUUAGCCAUUUCGAUCGAUCUCCCUGCUAACUCACGUCAAAGACACUUCCAUUCUGCUUCCAGGAGCUUUUCCUGUCAAAUUAGACCUUGACCGAGAACCACUUCCUGUUUUGUCCUCUGCGUGCACAGAUCAAGUUCAAGUCGACAACAUGAGCUGGUGUUUCACCCAUCCUUGUGCUGCGUGAAGAGAAGGGUAUAAAAAAAGUGGAGUUUGUGCUCUUCCAGUUCCCAAAUGCUCCGAAACUGAAAGUUUUAGAUCCCAAGUAUUCAUUAUGUGUUGCGCCAAGUCAGUUUAUCCAAACAGAUUUCAAUGUCGCGUUGAGUUUCUAUCGCUUUUUUUGCUUAUCAAUUUCAUACUUGCUGUCUUCAGUGCGGCAUUCAAGAUCAAGAUCUGAGCUGACCAAAUAAGCAACAACCAGCAACUUGUUGAGAGUGGAAGAAAGAAGAAAUGAAGAAGAAAUGCAUGUCAAAAAGGCAACUGGGGGCAAGCUGGACUGGAAGUCCAAGGAAGGAACUAUAACCAGGCUUUUAACUUGAAGAAUGGAGAAUUGUGGUAUUCUACAAACAAAACUCUUCUGACACGACUUUUAUUUGUUUCUCUGUUUGUUCAAGCUCACGCUAAAUGGUGGGCUUUAAUGAAGUAUAGCAAAGAGAGGGCUGCAGGCUGAAGGUCUGGUUCCCAUUAGGACCACAUGUUGCUGAUUUAGUGGUGUCAGGCCAGAAGAGGAGAGCAGGGGAGGGAGGAUGGAAAAUGUGGUGGAGAGUUAACAGAGGAGGAAAUGGGAGAGAAUGAGAUGAGGGAAAUCAAGAAAUGGGUGGAGUUUUGAAGCGAAGGAGGAGGGGAUCACUGGUGAAGAAGAGGUGGAGCGAGUUGAGGAAUUGUGGAGGAGCAAUGCUGGCGUUGUGCCUCCUGACCUAGAUCGGUCCGAGUCCACUCCUCCCGCCCUGAUUGCCAUUUUUCGUUUGUUGAUACAAGCGUGCUAUGACUCCCUCACCCUUGCUGUCUUCUUCUGUCUUCUAUCUGCCCAACGUCUGUCAUUCUAUCAUGGUUCACCCCACUUUUGUCAAGUGUUUUAGAUGAUCAUCCUUCAGAUCAGCAGGGUGUGACAUAUUAUUUCUGGGACCUGAAGAACCUUUAACUUCACUUCAUCAACUUUACAAUGUGCCUUUUUUUUUGUAUUUCAAAGUGGCGAAAGUGUUAAUGCCUGUUUAAAUUGGUCCUAAAAAGUGUAGUUUUGUACAUUUGGUUUUGUUCUAGAUGAAUGUUGAUGCAUGCAGGCAUGUAGAGCCUGUGUACUCAGUGCCAUUAAAAUUCACAGGU